AUGCAUAUCCUGCACUUGACGGCCGUCGUCCUCUCGACCCUGGCCGCACGGCCGGUCGAGGCAUCUCGUCCUCGGAACUGCCCGCCCUUGGGCCCCGUGUUCCCGCCGGCGCGCGCCCCGCGCUCUCAUCCCCGCGUGGUCGCCGCCCUUGAGGCCCUCUCCCGCGACCUCCUCUCGCGUGCGGCGGGCUGGAACAACACGGCCCUCUCGGUGGGUGUAGAGACGGUCAUUGACCAUCGUAACGAUGAUGACGAUGGAGAGAGAGGACCGAUGCUGGAGCUGCACUAUUCGCCUCCCGGCGCGAGGGACGUGAACGGCGAGACGGUGUACCGGGUCGGCAGCGUGAGCAAGGUCUUUGCGGUGCUUGGGGCGGAGAUGCUGGCGGCGAGGGGCGACCUGCAUCUGGAUGACAAGGUUGGGCGAUGGAUUGAUGAGCUGAAGCAGGGCAGCGAGGGGGGCGUUCCGUGGGAAGAGGUUACGGUUGGGUCUUUGGCGACGCACAUGUCGGGAAUCGGCGUGGACAUGUUCCUCGACAUGGUCAUCUUCCCCGGGGACUGGGAGGCGCUGGGCCUGCCACCGGUCAAGGCGGCUGACAGACCAACGUGUUCGGGCUUUCGUGGGACAGAGCCGUGCAGCAAAGAUGAUCUGCUGGCGGCGUACAAGAGCAAACGGCCGCCCAUCUAUGCGCCGAACCACGCGCCAGCCUACUCGAAUGCCGGCAUCUCGCUCGUAGGCCUCGUCGUGGAGGCGGCGGCGGGCAAGCCGUACGACGAGGUCAUACGCGAGCUGAUCCUCGAGCCGGCGGGCAUGCGCGGCACGACAGUCGGGGGCACGCUAGACGACGACUCGACCAUUUUCGUGCCCGUGAACAACACCGAGUGGAACGACGACAUUGGCGUCUUUGACGCGGCCGGCGGCAUGUUCACGACGACGCACGACCUCCUCGCCUUUGCGCGCGCCAUCCUGCGCCACGGCUUCUUGUCGCCGGGGCAGACGCGCCGCUGGCUCAAGCCGACGUCGUUUACGUCGGGUUGGGGGACGUCGGUCGGCGCGCCGUGGGAGAUCCUGCGCCUCGACAAGCUGGUGCCGUCGGGCCGCAUUGUCGACGCGUACACCAAGGGCGGGGACAUCGCAGACUACGCUUCUGCGCUGGCGCUCGUGCCGGACCUCGGACUGGCUGUCACCAUCAUGACGGCGGGGCCCGAGAUGCUACCAGCCUCGAUUCUGCUGUCACGGGUUUUCGAAGGGCUGGUGCCGGCGCUCGAGGCGGCGGCGCGGGAUGAGGCGAGGCGGAGGUACGCAGGCAUCUACGAGGACGAAGCGACGGGAUCGCGCAUCGUGCUGUCCGUCGACGAAGAGGGCCAAGGCGAAGGGCUGCUGCUGACCGAAUGGGUGAUGCGCGGGUUCAACGUCCUGGCAAACUUGCACCGGUACAGUGUUCGGGGCAUCAACGACACAGAGACGCCGCCGCGUGAGGGCCAGACUCUGCGGCUGUUCCCCGCGCUCGUCGAAAUGAACGGCGGCACAACAGAGGCCUGGAGGGCAGCCGUGCCGCCCUUUACGGACGACGAGGCCGAAAAGCUUGAUGAGGAGCUGGCAUGGCGGGAUGGGACGUGUCUCUCUUGGCUACUGGCGGAUCGAGCGACCUAUAACUACCUCGCCGUUGACCACUUUGACCUCAUCGUCGGAGACGACGGCGGUCGAGAGGCUGUGGCCAUUCGUCCGAGGGCGUUUGCGCUGGAGCUUGCACGGACGAAGACUGGCCCUGUACAACUUGCAAACGAGGCCAUUGAGACGCUGGAAACGUUGGGGCCGAAGUUGGAGACGGCCCCCGACGACAGACAGGUCCCCGUCGAGUUAUAG